AUGAAAUUUUGGGUCAAAGCCAUCACAGACGAUAAUGUUCAAGAGCAACUUCUUGUGAAUGCAAGUAAUUCCAAUGAACUUGCGAGAGAAUUGAGUGCCCUUCUUCACACACAUGUGACUAGGAUGUCUGUGACGGAUUUCCAAUCUCAGGUUCUGGAUAAGAUUAGCAGUGGAGCGGAUAUUAUUACAGUUAAAAUAUUUACAGCCAAAACAACAGGACAACCUUCAGAGAUGGAUGGUAGUUUUACACAAUUCGAUGUACGUACUCAACGUGGUACACCCGCACAAUCCGAUAUUUUCCAAAUGUCUUAUAGAGAUGAGGAAGAUUGGAUAGGAUCCUCACGUAGUCCUAGCAUAACAGAUUCAGUUCCACGUGUGCGUCCAAGUAUAUCAUGUCGAUUAACAUUAGAUGUACCUUCUAUUGAUCGUAUUUGUUUAUGGCGUGAUGAUAUUGAAUUAUUAUUAAAUGAAUCUCAUGGAGGGGCUUAUCAUGAUGUAGUUCGUGGUUGUUUUGCACGUAUUCGUGAAAAACACAAUUAUAAUCUUUAUCAAAUUGUAAAACCAGUAAAUAAUGUGGAGUUAUUAUUAGACUUCAUUUAUUACGAAGAAAUACGACGUACAGAAGUUGUAAGUAAUGCAGUUCCUGUUCAACAGGAAAUAAAUGCUUGGGGUAAAAAAAUGAUAACAGCUUCAAGACCAUUUGUAACUAUUGGGUUUAUCGCCGCAAAGGUAGGAGAUAUUGAUUCAGCAAUACGAUCUGCAAAAGCGGCAACAGAGGAAAUAUCUAUACAAACAUUAGCUGCAGCCCCACCACCAACACCACCUGCAAAUAGAAUAGGUAAAUAUGGACGAAGAGGUAGAAAUACUAUUAUUUCUCAACCUCGUGUUUUUUCUUAUGUUUCUCAAGGUCCAAUACUUUUAAAAACAAAUGAUACACUUUUACAUGCUCAGUUAAGUGUUGUGGAAGAACCUGAAAAAUCUGAUUUUGAGUUUGUUCUCUUUGCAACUCGUCAUGCUAAUAGUACUAAAAAGAAACCUCGUUUAUCAGAUUUUUCAGGUUGUAUGAUUACUUUACCUAAAGAACAUUUUUCAGGAGUUGUAAAAGAUAGAGAUGUAACAGAGAAAGGGUAUGAAAUCUUCUGUUCACCACAGCGAUGGGAUUGUCAUUAUGUAAGUUUAGGUCAAAUUAGACCUUCUGUAGAUGAUACACCUUAUUAUGAUGAUGCUAAUAAUUUACAACAAGAUUUUACUUUACUUUCUGGAAGAUUUAUGACAGGAUUAUUUGAUACACCAAUAGUUAUUACAUUACCUAUUCCUCUUUGGGCUCAGGUAGAAGGAUAUUCUGCUUAUAUUCUUCGUCCUCAUUUGGUAGUUCAUAAAGAUAAACUUCAUGUUUUUUAUCUUAUUCGAACCUCAGAAGUUCAUUCAUCACCUCGUUCAAGUGUAUCUCAUGGAAAUAUGAUAGAUGCAAAUAAUUCUCUUCUUUGUAAUGCUGGUUCUCCUGGUAAUACCAGUACUGAAAAUAAAGUAUUACCACCAGAAGGAUCUAAAGCAUCUCCAGGAUGUAAUUCUCAUAACGGUAGUUUUCAUAGUGCACCAAUAACAGAUAUUUAUCAUUAUGGACUUGCUCAUGCUGUUUCUUGUGAUCCUAAAAUGCGUACAUGGCAAAUCAUAUCUGAAAAAACUCCUUUACUUUCAUGUUCUUGUACUAUUCCAGUAUUUACAGUAGCUUCUACUUCUCCAUGUGAUGCUAUGCGGGAUGUUAGUAUUAAUGUUGGAGCUGGUGUAUCUUCUUCUGCUUCUUCCUCAGAAAAAGUACUACAAAUACUUUGGUAUGAAGAAGAAAGUCCUUUACAACGUUCAAAUAUCUCACUUCGUCCUUCUCCAUGUUCAAUAAUGUCGUUAAGCACUAGUUUGAGCAAUCGUGUUGCCUUACCAUUUGAGCGUUGGGUGAAUUCACAUGAAGAUACACUAUCAGAUGCUUGGGUACGUGAACCCAGUUUCUCUACUGUUCGUAUAGACGCAGAUUCGGCAAAAUCAGGUGUGGCUUCUCUCUCAUUAUGUGAACAUGAUGGUGUUGUCAUGGCGGCUUGGGUGCAGAUGGAUACACACUCACGAUCUACAUUGACGGUGGUGCCUUUGACUUCCGAACCAUAG